AUGGCGGCUCCAUCAAAUGGCAGUGGAAAUUUAGUUGAAGAGUUCGAGGAAUCUUUCCAGUAUAUGGAAUCGAAGGGAGCGCACAAGGCUGGCCUCGCAAAAGUAAUUCCUCCGCCGGAGUGGGUUCCCAGAAAGUCAGGGUACAACUUGGACGAGCUAAACGUCACAAUACCGUCGCCUAUCUGCCAAGUGGUGACCGGCAAGCAAGGUUUAUUUCAACAAAUCAAUAUACAAAAGAAAUCUAUGACUGUAAAGCAGUUCGCAGUUUUAGCAAACUCUGCGAAGUACUGCACUCCCCGGCACACUAACUAUGACGAUUUAGAGAGGAAAUAUUGGAAGAACGUGACUUAUGUGGCGCCUAUCUACGGGGCUGACGUUAACGGCAGCAUCACCGAUCCAGACGUGAAGGAAUGGAACAUAAACCACCUGGGAACAAUUCUCGACUUUGUGAAUUCUGAUUAUGGCAUUGAAAUAGACGGCGUUAACACGGCCUACCUGUAUUUCGGCAUGUGGAAGACAACAUUCGCUUGGCAUACUGAGGACAUGGAUUUGUACUCCAUAAAUUAUCUACAUUUCGGUGAUCCGAAGACCUGGUACGCCAUCCCGCCGGAGCACGGUAAGAGAUUCGAGCGGAUCGCGUCCGGUUUCUUUCCGACAUCUGCUAAGACCUGCCAGGCUUUCCUCCGACACAAAAUGACACUGAUCUCACCGCAAAUCCUUAAGCAGUAUUCUGUACCCUGUAACAAAGUGACACAGAAGGCCGGCGAAAUUAUGAUAACAUUCCCGUAUGGCUACCACGCUGGCUUUAACCAUGGCUUUAACUGCGCCGAGUCAACUAACUUUGCAGCACCUCGCUGGGUUGAGUAUGGAAAGAGAGCUCUGCAGUGCACAUGUAGCAAUGAUAUGGUAAAGAUUUCCAUGGACACAUUUGUGAAGCGGUUUCAACCUGACCGCUAUGAGCUGUGGCUUAAGGGUCAAGACAUUGGCUGUCAUCCAGAGCAGCCCGAGAAGAUGGUCCCAGCACCGCAUCCUUCAGGUCAAGAUAUUCUUUGCAAUAAGAACAAUACAGAGCUCCCAGAGUCAUUUAUUGAGGCUGAAGUUGAAGGGUUGAAAAAGAAAAAACGUCAUCCUCUUCACUUAAAAAGGGCAAUGGCUAGCAAAAGUAUAUCCGAGGGGGCUAUUGCUGUUUCAAUUCUUGGACAUGAUGUUAUGGAUGAUGAUGAAAUGACUAUGGCAGAAGGUGACCUUGACAUGAUGACUUCAAUGAAGAGACCAAUAUUGCCAAUAUCACCUGAUGACACUCAACUUGAUGCUCUAGAAGAUAUCUGGUUAAAAGGUGAUGAAAUGGACCCAUCAGAAGCUACGCUACCUGAUGUUGGCUAUAUAGAUUCGGAUAAAGAUUCUGACUAUGAGCAUCCAAGAUCAAAGAGAUUAUCAAAACCCAGGAAAAAAAGAAAGGACAGCUCAAAAAAAGAGACUAAGGAUAAAGUAAUAAAGGAUACUAAGGAUAAAAUAAUAAAGGACAUUAAGGAUAAAAUAAUCAAGGAAAGUGAUGAUGAAAAAUCUAAGAAAACUCUACAACCACCAAAAACUCAAAAGAGAAAAGUUAAAACCAAAAAACUGUCAGAAGAACAGUUAGAACACAUGGCAGCUGUUGUAUCAAACUGGGAAUCUCCACCGCAUGAAGUAGGAGAGAUUGUUAUUGUCGCAGAUAAACCCACGAAUGAUCCAGAUCCACUGUUUAGUACCUCACUGGACAUACCAAAAUUGCCAGACCAGCCAAAAGAGAAGAAAGAACCAAAAAAACGAAAAUCAUCAGUGAAGGAAGGUGAACAAAAAGAGAAGCCCAAAAAGGAGAAGAUCAAGAGGCAAACAAAGAAAGAGCAGAAGCCAAAGAAGGACAUCCAGUUAGACGACAAAACCGAAAAGAAAAUUAGAAAGCCACGCACUCCAAAGAAGAAAGUCAUAGUUGAAUACAAUACCCCUGAAAACUUUGUAAAACCUAGUCAGGCCGUUAGGCCCAAGUUAGAUUCCGUACUCAAAGAACCAAAAAUGGGCUCUGCCCUUAAGACUGAAAAACUAACCACACCGCAAACAUCUCCGAGUUCUAAAAUGCCGCCACGGCGUGAACCACCAAAAUCUACAACACUACCGCCAGAGUUCUACCCAGGAUUGCGCAUGGACCCCGGCCCUCGUAUACCAACCGUGCCACCAAUCAAUAAGAACCCUAGCGCAUUCCAAGGAGAAUUCCACAAAUUCAUGGUGACCAAACACAGCCGUCCGGACAUCACACCCUCAACGUCAGCACAGGCGUGCCUCAACGUUCUCACUAAACAGGAGGCCUCGCCGAGCGUCGAAAAGGAAGAGGUAAAGGUAGAAGUGGAGAGGUUCAUCGACCACGCGCGUCAAAUGGAGGCCUUCUUCUUGCAGAAGAGGUUCCUGCUGUCCGCCAUGAAGCCGGAGCUCCUAGUGAAAGAGGACAAUAAUGAGCUGAAGUGCGAGCUCCAGCGCAAGGAAGAACUGCUGCGGAGGCACUACGACAAGGUCACGCAGUGGCACGGCCUGCUGGCCGAUUUGCAGGGGCAUACGGUGUACAACAAGUGUCAACAGCAGAGCUCGCAGACGCCGCUACCGCAGGCCGCCUCGCCUAUGCAGCAGCCGUGCGCAGUACAGCAGAGCGUCCAGGCCCAGCAGAUGGCAGCAGCGGCGGCCGCCCAGCAGGCUGCACUGCAGCAGCAGGCGCUCCAGCAGCAGCAGGUACCGCGGCCCCCCCACCCCCCCGCCUAUCCCACGGCUGGGCAACGCCGG